UGAAAAUUUUUGACAGUAGCUUCAACUGUCACUCGUAGUGAUAUUGCAUUUACAAGAAUUCAGUACCUAUUCAACCAAUAUUCAACAAAACUCGAAGAAAUAACUUUCUGAUUUCAAUAACCUUAUUCGAAUAAAAACAGCUACAACUAUUUACGGUUGUUUUAGAUAGCAAGAUGACUUCAAACGGUGAUAUAGGAAGCUUGGAUGCUAGUGGGAAAAUAAUUAAAAUGGAAGUGGAUUACAGUGCCACUUGCGACGAAAAAAUACCUUUGUGGAAAUCAUGGGCGUUAAGUGGAAGAGUUCAAGAAGCUAUAGAUCAGCUACUAGCGUUGGAAAAACAAACAAGAACGGGUGCAGAUAUGGCUUCUACUGCAAGAAUCUUGGUGACCAUUGUACAAAUUUGUUUUGAAGCCAAAAACUGGUCUGCACUUAAUGAUCAUAUUGUUCUUCUCUCAAAAAGAAGAUCACAACUAAAACAAGCAGUUGUCAAGAUGGUGCAAGAAUGCUGCACCUAUGUGGACAAAACACCAGACAAAGAGACCAAAAUAAAGCUUAUUGAGACACUACGAACAAUAACCGAGGGUAAAAUAUAUGUUGAAGUUGAAAGAGCUAGACUCACUCAUAUUCUUGCUAAAAUAAGAGAGGACGAAGGGAAUGUCGCCGAGGCUGCUAAGAUUAUACAAGAAUUACAAGUGGAGACGUAUGGAUCUAUGGACAAGAGGGAGAAAGUUGAAUUGAUCUUAGAACAAAUGAGGCUUUGUCUAGCUAUCAAAGAUUAUAUUCGUACUCAUAUUAUAUCUAAGAAGAUCAAUACUAAGUUCUUUGAAGAAGACAAUACACAAGAAUUAAAAGAGAAAUUUUAUAGAUUAAUGAUAGCAGUGGAUCAACAUAAUGGAUCAUAUUUAUCAGUUUGCCGUCACUUCCGAGCCCUGGGCCAGGCCGGUGGCUCCGAAGCACUUAUUGGCAGUGUUGUAUUUCUCAUCUUAGCUCCAUAUGAUAACGAACAAGCUGAUCUUACACAUAGGCUAAAUGAAGACAAGGAUUUGGAUAAAUUGCCUGAAUACAAACAGUUGUUAGGGUUGUUCAUCAACCCUGAAAUAAUCAGAUGGAGUAUUCUCUGCCCAACAUAUGAAAAGAUGCUGAGAAAAACACCAUACUUUAAUGCUAAUGAUGAGAAGGGGCAAGAACGUUGGAAUGACUUAAAGAAUAGGGUUGUAGAACAUAACAUCCGUAUCAUGUCAAUGUAUUACACACGCAUCACACUACAGAGGAUGAGUGAACUCCUUGGUUUGAGUGUGACAGAGACGGAGGAAGCAUUGAGUCAACUCGUCGUGAACGGCGUAGUCCGAGCUAAGAUUGACAGACCAGCUGGAGUGGUUCACUUUAGGUUGAACAUGGAUGCGUCCGACCGAUUGAAUGAGUGGUCCAGUAACCUGAACACUUUGAUGCAACUCGUCAACAAAACAACACAUCUGAUAAACAAAGAAGAGUGCGUUCAUAAGCAUUUAUUAGCUACGUCAGAUUAGUUAUAAAUAGAUAAUAAAUAAUACGUCUUGUACUAAAAAGCUGGUAACAUUUUUCUUUUUUGGAAUAUUAUAAACUUCUGAUUUGAUGAUGUUCAAAAUUGGUAUUAAAAUAAAUACUAAAUAAACACAAAA